AGAGAGAGAGAGGGUAAGGGGAGAAGUGGAAGAUAGUGAGAGAGAGAAGGGGGUGUAAAAAGGGAAAAGUGUUUGAAUGUAAGUAAAGGGAGAGAAAAAUUCAGCAGGAGUUUCAUGAUGAGAGAGAGAGAGAGAAAAAAGUUCGUUUUGUUCAGAACAAGAACCAGGUCAGAAUGUGGGUCAAUCCAAGCAACCAUCUUUUCCAUCAUCAUGAUGCUCAUUCUCAUCAUCUCAUCGUCAACAACAACAACAACAACAACAUAACAGUAGUAAACUUAAGGUUCUACUGAUGACAAGGAAAAGAUGAUGAUGAUUUUGAUGAAGUGAGUUAGAUGAUACUAACGUAAUUCAUUUGAGUGAAAGAUUUUGUUGAAUGUUAAUUGAGAGGAAAAUGAUUCAGUUUUUUUUUGUUCUAAUCAAAUUUAGGUGAAUGAGUUUUGAGUCAUGAUGAUAUGAAAAUUGAAUUUAAUUCAUAAAAUUAUCUUUCCCGUUUCUCCAUGUGAAUAUAUUCAUCACCAUGAUCACGAUUGAUGUUAUUGAUUUAUCACUAUUAACCCAGUGAACUUGUUUACCUUUUUUUUUAGUCUAAUGUCUGAAGUUAAUUAUGUUAAUCAACGUAGUUUUUGAUCACUUUCAUUGAUUCUCUGUUCUAAUUAAUCAUUUUAAUUGAUACAAUAUCAAAGUUAAUCUAAUAGUCUCUCAACUAUGCUGGUGAAAAAUUCAUCAUAUGGUUACAUAGGUUGACAAUUUGUUCAUGUGUUGAUCUUUGCUUAUCUGGGAUAAUCUUUUACUAAUCUGGAAUUGAUAUUAAUUAAUGAAUGAACAAGCAAUUCUUGUUGAUUUACAAUUGUAUUUUAAGAAAAUAAUAUUCGGCGACAAUUAAGUUAAUCAACUGGUUUACUUGUGUAAACAUCACUAAUUCCAAGUUAAAUCGCCCUGGCUCAAGUCUUUUCAUGUUCAUCUUUGAGGUGACAUUAACUCACUUUUCAUGGGUGAUCAUGAUGAAAGUAAAUUUAUCGAUCCGUUUUUUGGGAAACCCGGAAGAGAUUCUUACUCUAUCUGUGGAAAUCGUUGAUUCAACUCUCUUCCUCUUCCUCCUCUCCCCUCAUCUUCUGCCAACCUAAUCAAUAAGUCUCCAUACACCCCACCCACUCUUCCCCAUGUAACCAUACAACCUCAUCUUCCACUUUCUCUCUCUCCCUUCCUCUCAUCAUCCUGUGUCUAUUUCUCUUUCUAUUUGUACCUUUUCCUUUCCUUCAUCUCAAUGAUAUUUUCCACCAUCGAGAUACUAAAAAAGGAACCCAACAAACCGAAUCAGAACUUGCAUAGAGUUAAUUUCAUUUGAAAUUCUGUUUUCGUACCAACAAUUAAUUUGAUUGUCAGUCACAAUUUAACAAUCACAAUUUGUCCUUUUAUUACAAUUACAACUCUUAAUUCAUUUCAUUACCAUUAUCAUGAUAAUAACUUAAUGGUUAAUAGCUUAUUUUCAAUGAGCUUUUAUUGUUAUCAUAAUAUAUGUUUACAAUUGACCUAAUUAUUUUAAUUCUUAAUCAAUUCUCAUGUAAACUUGAAGGUUCCUGAUUAUUUUAUGGUAACAAUAAUCAACUUUGAUUGAUCUUUAUCAAUAUUUCACAAUCUAUAAUCAUUGUAAACAUCAUGAUGAUCAUAUUAUUAUCUUUAUUGUUCAAAUGGUCAAUUUGAUUUGAUGGUCAGUUAGAUUUACAUAUUGAUUAUCAUGACAAUUGAAAAACAAAUUUAUACUUAAGUAAAGUUUAUGAUCAGGAAGAGGAAAAUCAAUCCAAUCACUCAAAUUAUCAUUAAGAUCAAUAAACAAUUAACAUUAAACAUCCGAUGUUAUCUUGAUUUAAAUCAAUUCUAAUUUCAGCUGAUUAAUCAAUGUUUACAAAUCAUGAGCUCAUUAAUUGUAAUCAAGUCGUUAAUUUAUUAUUUAGAUCAAUCCUGAAGAUAUAAAUUCAAUCUAUUAUUUGAUUGGUGUAACAAUUUACUGAUUUCAAGUUUAUUUCCAAUCUUAUUGAAGGUCUUUCAUCAAAAAUAUUAUUAGUUCUCGAUUAAUUUAAUCAUGAUAAUAAUCAACCAUGAUUAGAUUACAUAUUUUCACCAUAAGGUCAAGUUAAUUGUUACAAACAAUUAAAGUUACGAUCAAACAACCAAUGCUGCCAUCUUUUAUUUAGAAGUGGAAAUCAACCGAUCAAAGUGAUUAAUUAAUUUCCAAACUUAGAAUCUGGUUAAUUAGUGUUAAGAUCAUACAUUUACAAUUAAGAAGAUAAAUUUGUCUAUCACAAUAUUAUAUUCAAGGAUAAUAAUAAUCUUGUAACGAUCUAAAUCAAACAAAAAGUUAACUAACUUUGUUGAUAAUAUCUAAUGAUUAUCUUAAUAAUAAAUCAACACAAAUAUUAAAUUAAACAUUUAUUCAAAAUUUAUACAAUUUCCAAUAUCGAAAUUAUCAUCACAAUGACAAAUAUUAACUUUUUGAAACAUUAAAUAAUGAAUCUAAUUAAACAGCAAAAGUAAACAAUCAAACUCAAAUUAUCAAGAGAUUUAAAUUAUUGCUACAUUUACAAUUGAUCCAAUGAGUUAGUCAAUUGUAUCUCAGUUGAUUAGUGGAAAUUGUUGAAUAAAAAGAUACAUUGAAUUAGUUUAUUAGUCUUCGAGAUUAGUUGAUGUGAUGCCUUCGUCAAGCCAAAGUUCAAGGAUUAAAAGGUCACUUCGAGUGACAAAAUUCGGGUCAAGUGUCAAUGAGCUGCUUCGUUCACAGACACUCCAUUUACCACAGACAAUUGGAGAUUUAAAAACUAACAUUGGUCAAUAUUGGUUUCCAAUGUUAACACUUAUCAAUCUAAUUGUAAACACAAUUAAAUUUUCCACAUUGAUUAUGAUUAAUCCGACCAGUGAUCUAAUUUUAAUCCUCGGUGAUCCUUCACACUUUCUAGGUGAAUCCCGUCUCUAUUUGUUAACCUUAAAUUUCAUCUGGUGUGUGAUUGCAUGUAUUCACGGAGUCCACUUUGUAGCACAUACAAUGUGUCCGGUCAGUUCAGCCCAGAAAACUUGGCUUUGUAUCGGUGAAAUCCUGGAAACCGGUCAAUACAAGAAGUGGGGUCACUUUGACGAUUUGGCCAAACAGUUUCGUCGAUUGGUUAAAGCAAACACUUGGUUAAUUACUUCAGCUUAUUUUUUCUUCCUCAGUUUGUUACCCGUAUUCAAAGCCCCCAGGCAGUUCAUCUUUCCCAUGAGCGUUAAUCUAUUUCUCAAUACAUGGUGUUGUUAUUACAUUAUGACACUUUCGAUAAAUUUUGUCUUCAUUUAUGUCCUUUAUGCUUAUGUUUGGAUUGAGUAUCUCAAGUUUCUCACGGUGACAACUCUCACAAUCAAUGUCCAUCCGAAUGAAGGUGAACCCUUGACCAUUGAGAACGACGAUUUCAUUCCCGGUAAAAGGAUUCGAUUCAUUGUAACUCAUUUUACUGAACUUCAAGAAUUUAUAUUCAGUGAUCUUUUCCAUGGUAUUAAAAAUUCACUCAAUUUUCUGGUUACUUUUAUCGCUUAUAUUAUCAUCGUAUUUUUGAUCUUUUUCACCUCGAUACCUUCGUCAAUCAAAGUGGCCAUGAUUUGCUGUGGGAUUUCCGGUUCCUUUUUCGGUCAUUAUAUUCAAUUUCUCAUCGGUAUAUACGGUCAAUCUCAGAUAAUUAAAACCUCAAAUUGUAUAAGGAAAAUACUUUAUACUAAAUCAUCAGUUGAAUCAAAAUUAAUUGUCCUUCUUUUCAUUGACCAUUUAGUUGAUAGAAACUUUUUUACAAUCCUGGGCUCAUUAAGAUAUACAACUAAAAACUUAAUUCUGGUCAUCAUGGAGUCUAGUGUAUUAUUAUUGUUAUGUAUUUCAAAUGUUAACCGUUGCUGACCAUUGGCCAGAAUCAUGAAGUACAAAUGUGUCAACAUUGGGUUUUUGUAUGUACGAUGAAAGUUAA